AUGCUGCACACGGCCGGUCACAUCACACGAUUUGGCAGGGUAGAAGACGGCACGACCGUAUCCGACUUUGAGCCGGAAGAAAUUCGUCGCCAGUCCAGUUCCCAGAUGUCCGUGCUGGCAUGUCCAUGGCGCGGCAACAAAAUUAAUAUCCUCGAUACACCCGGGUAUGCCGAUUUCCGAGGCGAGGUUGUCUCUGCCUCGCGUGUGGCCGACGCGGCGAUCGUAGUCGUAUCAGCCGCCUCUGGCGUCGAAGUGGGCACAAACCAGAUGUGGGCUCUGGCUAACGACCGCAAUCUCCCUCGCGUUAUCUAUGUCAGCAAGAUGGACCGCGAGAACGCGGACUUUGACCGCAUCAUGGGCGAAAUUUCCGAUCGCUUCGGCAGAGAAUGCGUCCCGGUGCAGAUUCCUAUCGGUGCCGAGUCCGCUUUCUCAGGAGUAGUCAACCUACUCGAUCCCAGCGCAGACGUGCCUGCUGAGAUUUCAGACGAAGUCGAAGAAGCCCGAGAGCGCCUCGUGGAAGCUGUGGCCGAGGCUGACGAGGACCUCGCCGACAAGUACCUCGAAGGCGAGGAAAUCACCCAGACCGAGAUGAUUGCCGGCCUUAAACAGGGAAUAGCCGAUGGCUUAAUCAUCCCCGUGCUGUUCGGAGCGUCCACAUCGGAAAUCGGAACUGCCGACCUCCUGAACGCCAUUGUGGACUUCUUGCCCUCUCCCGCAGACGUCGGCGAGGUCUCAGCCGACACCGCGGAUGGCGAGGUAUCACUCAGCCCCGACAGCGACGGACCUCUCGCCGCACUCGUCUUCAAAUCCGCCGCCGACCCGUUUGUGGGGAAACUUUCGUAUUUUAGGAUUUACAGCGGUACGUUCAGCAGCGACAGCCAGCUCUGGAACGCAAAUGCUGGACAGGCGGAACGCGUCGGCCAAGUCUUUGAAGUGCGCGGCAAAGAGCAGACGGCUGGCUCGGACUUCGCAUCGGGUGACAUCGGCGCGACCCCGAAGCUCAACUCCGUCCUGACCGGACACACAAUCUGCACGCGCGACAACCAGUUCACUUUGGAAGGCAUGGAAUUCCCCAAGCCAGUGUACUUGAUGGCCGUCUUCCCCAAAUCACAAGCCGACGUUGACAAGAUGACCAGUUCGCUCUCUCGCAUUACAGAGGAAGACCCAAGCCUUACGGUGACCCGUGAACCGGACACGCUCCAGGUGCUUCUCGGCGGACUGGGCGACACUCAUGUGGACAUAGCCAUUGAGAAGAUGAAGAACAAGUUCGGCGCUGAGAUGAUUCUCCAGACCCCCAAGGUUGCCUACAAGGAGACCAUUAGCGGCAGAACGCGCGUGGAAUAUCGCCAUAAGAAGCAGUCCGGCGGUCAUGGCCAGUUCGGACACGUCUGGUUGGAACUUGAACCCCUGCCAAGAGGCGGUGGCUUCGAGUUCGCCGAAAAAGUCGUGGGGGGCAAUGUGCCGCGCGAAUACAUACCGUCUGUCGAAAAAGGUGUUGCAAAGGCAAUGACCGGAGGCGCAAUCGCGGGAUAUCCAAUCGUGGAUGUCAAGGCAACUCUCUUCGACGGCAGCUAUCACACCGUUGACUCUUCAGGCAUCUGCUUCGAAAUCGCUGGUGGCCAGGCGCUCACCAAGGGCGUGCAGUUGGCAUCACCUACCCUGCUCGAGCCUAUUAUGCGAGUGCAGAUUGUUGUGCCCGAUGACUACACCGGCGACAUAAUCGGCGACAUGAACUCCAAGCGAGGCAGAAUCCACGGUAUGACGCCUCAAGGCAGCAGCACAACGAUGAUCGAGGGCGAAACCCCGCAGGCGGAAAUGUUGAGAUAUGCCACAGAACUGCGCUCCAUGACCCAAGGACGAGGAGCGUUCACCAUCGAGUUCGAUCACUACGAGGAAGUCCCCGCACACCUUGUCGACCGAAUAGUAGAGCAGCUUAGAGAGCAGGAAGCGGCUCGCGCAUAA